UGAACGCGCCGCUCCCAUGGCAACGGAGAACAGCAAAGGCUAAAAACGAUCAGGCGAUACAAUGUCUUAUCUUGUCAUCUCUGAAGAGGACCAGAACUUUGGCCACACCAAAAACGCUGCAGCUGACUUUUACCGGGCCAACAAUGUCCCCGAGGAGCUGGAGUGCGCCCUGGCCGAGGCAUUCUUUCAGAACCCGGAGGACGUCAACGGUUAUUUGGCAAACUAUUUCGCAAAGCUGUCACCAGCACCACUAAUCAGCAGACUGAAUGGAAAAGAGGUCUAUGAUUCACGAGGGCAACGGUGUGUUGAGGCUGAGGUCUACUGUAUUGCCUGCAAUAAAGAAAAGAGGACAGCCUCUGCUACGAUUUCCAGCCACUUAGGACUGACAACAAACAUUGAAGAGAGGGAGCGGCAUGUGAUGAUUGCUGUCCAGUGGAUAACUGAACCUCUUAACAAAAUGCUAGAAAAACACAACCCCUGUGAUCAAGCAGAAGUUGACCGUAAACUCAGUGAAUUCCUCAUGGCCCGAGACCUGGAGGCGAAAGAAAUCAGGAACAAGGAGAAGGAGGAGAGUCUUUCUGCCUGUGAACCGGAGGUGGAACUUCCAUCAUCUCCACUUGAGAAGAAGAAAGAAAAGAAGCCUGAUAAAAAAAAAAAAGGCAACGUUUCAGAGAAGCCAUUUUGUCCAGCAGAGCCACCUGAACCUGUGUUGCCUGGAUGCUUGGCCAUUGGCUCAGUGUCCUUGGCUGUGGCCAAAACUGGUGCCCAAAUAACAGGCAUCCCACUCUACAAGUACAUCCGAGGCUUAAAGAACCCAGUGGAUAAAAGCAACUUUCACAUGCCUGUCCCACUGGUGACUUUACUGAGCUGUGGGAAGACUUCUACUGGAAAACUGAAGUUACUGGAGGAGGUCAUACUGAUCCCAAAAGCAGGAGACCAACUCAAACAGAUCAUCACAAUGGCAAUGCAGUUACAGCAAGAAAUGAUGAAAAUAGUGAACACUUCAGCAAAAAGUGGGACCACCCAAGCCAUUCUGAGGGACAGCGGAGUGAUGCCUGUGAGCUUCGAUCGCCCUGAACAGGCUUUUGAUCUGAUCACUGAAGCCUGUAGUAAUCUGGAGCUGAAACUGGGAGUAGAGAUCCAUUUAGCGGUCAACUGUGCUGCACCCAACCUAAUGGACUAUACCAAAGAAAAGUAUGAGAUUGCAACAGGAGUUUUUAAGUCUGCUGAUGAUUUAGUGGCCAUGUAUACAACCUUGAUUGGCAAAUAUGCAGCAGUGGUGGCUUUAAUCGAUCCAUUCAGGAAAGAGGAUGUAGAUCAAUGGGAGAAGCUCAGCACUUCGGUGGGAGACGGGUGCCUGCUGCUCUCUGACAUGACAUUCAAGCCACACGUUCCACCUCUUCCUGGAGUCAAAGGUCGCCUCCUAAAACACAUCAACGAAAUAACUGUAAGCGAAUUGAUCCACAUCACUGGAAAUGAACAAGGUUCACUUGUAUUGGGGACAGUCUGCAAUGAGGCCUGCAGUGACGACUCUCUGUCAGACAUAGCUGUGGGUCUGGGUAUGGACUACAUCAAGGUAGGAGGUCUGAGGUGUGGCGAGAGGAUGUCCAAAUACAACAGGCUGCUUUGUAUCGAGCAAGAGCUGACACAACACGGAAUCCUGGUCAUCAAGGAGAAUCAUCCCCCACCACUCUUUAUUGAAAGAGUACAGAUUGAAACAGUAGAGGAGUAACAUCACCUUUUUUCUACCGUCCUUCACAUUACUACCAUUAAUCCGGUUACUGUCGCAAGUAUGCAUACAAAUACCAUGUACUAUAUAGAAAAUGUACACAUAGAAAUACGAUGUACCUUUGCUUCUUCCUACUUAUCUAUAGACAUAUAGAGUUGUGUCAUGUAAAACAUGUGAUCUACUCUCUUGGAACUUUGGCAAGCAUGUCUUGAACAAAAAAAACUCAUUAUGUCAGGCGAUCAAAUGUAAAAUACAAUCAAAAUGUAAUGUUUCAAAUCGACCAUGAGAAGAAAAAUGGCAUGUAAAGACCACUUCUUUUGAAAAAAAAAAAAAAGCUAUAUUUCCGUUAUCGUGUCAAGAAGUGUAGAAGUGAAAUAACAUUUGCACUUCAGUUCUUCUUCUGUGAAAAGUCAGCAGACAUGAAGACAAAAAAAGAGUGUCUAUGAUAAUGAAUGUUGUUUACUUACGCUUUCCACUUUAUAACUUUCUUUCUUACAAAAGAAGUGCCAUUUUUUAUGUUACUUUAUUGUUGGUGUUUCACUCGAAAACAAUGCUUUCCAUGUGAUGAAUCCAUGAAGUACAACUUCCUGUCAAGAAAUGUUUAAGGUGUGUACAAAUGUUAUUGUCUUGUACUUGUACUAAUAAAAACUUUGA